GGCUACGUGAUUUUUUUUCCUGAGGUUCUGCUGUUCCACUACAAUGUAUCAUUGGAAUCCCAGAGCAACGGGAGACGCUGCCUAACUGCACCUCGUCUCCCUGCACCAGCAUUCAUUAAUAAAAAGGACGAAGCAUGCAUGAUGAGCAUUAAUACCAGUGCAAUGGAGCACUGUUUUAUUACUUGGCAUCGCCAUUGCAUAGCGAAUUGUACGUAUUAUUAAUGAAUACAUAUAACUGCAGGUAUAAGCCAUGCUACUCAACCUAGGCAAUCUUAUGUUGGGAUGAUCUGAUUUUUUGUGGAUACUGUACGUAACCUGCAACGUACAUGUCUGAACCUGCUAAAUGGCUUCUAAUACAUGGAUCGAUCUUGGGUUUUCCAAAUCGAAAUUGUUGGCCUUAAUAGGUAGCAAAGGAGUUGUAGCUCGGGUCUUGGCAGGUGUAAAGGAAGGCAGAGGAUGUCCACGACAAAGAGCGGUUGGGAUACCUGUAACCCCCAGGAGGAAUGUCUUAUCCAUUGGCGUGAUCUUGGUAUUUCUGCAACCUGUACUGGCCAUCACCGAGCAUGGAAUCCAGGAAGCAUCAGAUGUUCUGAUCACAGAAUCGAUGGAAGUAUCUGGGGCAUCAUUUUUUUCACCGGCAUGGCCUUCCACAAAACGUUCUUCCUCAGAUACUAGUGCUUCAGCAACAUGGUCUGUUGAAGGAACUAAGAAAACACUUGGCAAAACAGUUACAUCUCAAAUAGUAACUUUUUCAUUAUCUAGCAGAGAUACUGUAACAAAUACUCAAAGUACUGUUUCACAUGCAUCAUCAGAUAACAGACAACAUGAAUCUCAGGGACCUACAGAGGUUUCUCCACCAUCAGUGAAAUCUGAAUAUCAAAUUCAAGACUAUACUACAUUGGAAACUGGCACAUCAUCAGAAAAUUCAGGUUUGACUCAGAAUACUGUGUUAACAUCAUCUGUAACAUCCCCUGUGAUAUAUACAAGUGUGCCAUCUCAGACAGCAUUUUCAGAAACAUCCUCCAUAGUAACAGAACUUACAUCUGGAUCAAACAUUGUCGAACAUCCUUCAUCUCCAUUGUUGUCUUCAUUGAUAACAACUCCACCUCAUGUAACAUUAACAAAUGCCAUUUCUUUCACUCACAGUAAUGUGACAUCCACCCAAGUGCCUGUUACUAGAAGUGCCGAAACUUCCUCAGCAUCAUCAUCAUCUUCUGUUGAGAUACCAUCUCCUGUAAGCACAGAAUCAAAAUUCACUGCUACAGCUGAGGCAUCUAUGAAGGUAAGCUCAGCUGAAAGUUAUAGUGCCUCAGAGAGUAAAAGUACAGUUACAUUGCAAACAUCAGCCUUCAUGUCUUCCAUUUCUGUUGUGCCAGAGUCUAAGGGCACAAGUUCUACAGCAAUAGAUGAACAGACUUACUUUACUUCUGUUGUGCCCUCAUCGUCAGUAAACUUGAUGGAUAAUGUGACAUCUCUUCCCUUAAGUACCCGAUUGCCUUCUGAAAAAGAGUCAUCUAAUACUGUCCACACUUCAGUUGAUUCUACUAAAUAUCCACCAGACUCACCAGCUGCUACUUCAACAAAUAUCACCCCUCUCUCAUCAUCAGGUGCGACCACAACAGUCUUUAACAAUCUGGAAACUACAACUGAAGAAAUAACUGUAUCUGCUAUGAGGGGGACAACAGUGUUAACCUCUUCAAGCCAUAAUAGUUCACCAUCACUCUAUUAUGUUACCACUGUACCAGAAACGACUAAACCCAUGAACACAAAUGCUACAAGUAAUCUAAAUUUAUUAACUACUAAAGGAUUUUCUAGUGCUGUUACUACUGCACAGAAAACAUCAUCGCUGGAAGCAGAAUUUUCCACGGGUAGGGAUAUAAACUUUACUACAAGUGGUAUGUUUUCUUGGACAUCUGCAAAAGCUGUCAGCAAUAAUUCUAAUGUGCCUACUAAGUCCUUUGACCACUCAUCAUCUGGUGUGACAAGCAUGAUGGUAGAAGAAUCUACAGCCACUUCUGGUUCAACCAUGUAUUCUGACAGUGUAGAAGGUACAGUCACUCACAGAAUGACAGAAUCAUCUUCUAGCCUGGGAAAUAUAUUAUCCUCAUCAGCUGGUAUCAAACCUACAACAAAAUAUACAACGGAUGAAAAAUUCACAGCUUCUACAUUGCCAUUUAUUUCACAGACACUCAUGUCUCCAAAUGGUAUCACUGAUAGUGAAACUGCUGGUCAGAUGUCAUCUUCCUCAGGUAUGAUUACAGGUGAAACCACUCACAUGCCAUCAUCAGCCUCAUCAUAUGAAACAUCAACUGUCACUUUUUCAGAUGUGACAACAAAGAGGACAGCAGCUAACAGCCCUAGUAGUACAGUUUCUAUAUCUAGUGAUCUUGGUUCUGCCAUAACUGAAGCACCAUUCAUGGACAGUAGCACUUUACAAUCUAAUGUGUUUUACAGUACAGUCUCCCUAAGUUCUGAAAAACCAAGCAACAGUCCUAGUUCUCAGUCAUUUUCUUCAGUGGCUGUUGCAGAAACUUCAGACACUGCACAAUCAUCUAGCAUUACCACAGUGGGAGUUGGAACAGCUGUGUAUCACUCUGCAGGAACCUCUCAGGAAGCAAUCUCAGAACUUUCUAAGUGGACACGUACAGACUCUGCUGUAGCCACGUCCUCCAAAUCUAGCAAUAUUGAGACUCUGUACUCCACCAGCAUAUCAGCUUCUUCUCCUGAAUGGGUUGCACAUUCUUCAACAUUUCAGACACAUUCAGCAACUGUGCUUCUGUCUUCAGGAACUAGUGAAGUUACAAGCUCUGAACAUGAAAUGAGCUCUAGUUUGGGAACUUCCAUUCUGGCAACUACUAUGAAUAUUGCAGAUACUUCAGCAUCAACUUCUCCUGCUGUUACUCAGUCAAUAAACACAUUGUCAACUGCACUUACCACUAAGACAUUGAGUCCUGGGUUGUCAUCCACUUCUACUGCUUCAGAACACAUAACUUCAGAUGAUGUAACAGCAGAGUCCACAGAUCAGCUUGCAUCAGCAUUACCAAGUACAAAACUUGCAUCAGCAUUACCAAGCACAAAGUCAACUUCUGAAUUAAUAACGGACUUUGAUUCUGCCUCUACAGUGACAUAUUACAACACUAAUACCGAUAGUGUGACACCUUCUUCUGAAGAAAUUACAGGUUUUACUACACCACACGAGCAUACCACAAAGCAGUCUCUUUCUUUAGAGACCCAAGAGUCCUCUGAAAGUACUGUAACUAAUGUUAUGUCAUUGCCAUCUUUCACCUCUAUUUCUUUUUCACCACUAACAUCUCUAAAAACCAAAGCAGUAACAAGUGCUACUGAAGUCGUAUCUUUACUUACAAGUCCCAUGAAUGCUACUGAAGAUGUAAGUUCAACUAAUCCUUUAUAUUCUGCAACUCUGAGUGUUUUCCCUUCUGAAGAAACAACAUCUGUACUUGCUGACACCAAAGAACAGUCUACCUUUGAGUUGACCAGUAUAGGAUUUGGGUCAGAAUCAAGUGCAAUGUCACUGAUGUCUGUCAAGUCAACUUCACUACCAACAAAAACAUCUCUAAAAACUGAAACAGUGGUAGGAACUACCGAAGAUACAGCUUUACAAACAACUUCUGGGAAUGUUACUCAAAUAGUAACUGUAAGUAAUGCUAUAAGUGCUCUGACACUGAGUACUUCCCCUUCUGAAGAAACAAUGACUGUAUUUACAAGUGUAGGUACCACAAAGCAGUCUACAUUUGAAUCGACUCCGAUGGAAUUGACUUCUGAGUCAAGCACAAUGCCUCUGCUGUCCUCCAGCUCAUCUUUACAGUCAACACAAACAUCUCUAAAAUCUGAAGCAGUGACAGGUGCUACUGAAAAUGUUUCUUUACUUACAAGUUCUAUGAAUGCUACUAAAGCAGUAACUGUAACUAAUGUGUUAAGUUCUGUGACACUUAGUGUUUCCUACCCUAAAGAAACAAUGUCUGCACUUACAAAAACAGAUAGCACAGAGCCGUCUACUCCUGAGUCGACCAGUACAGGAUUUGCUGAAGAGUCGGAUACUUUAACAACUAAAGUGCCAGGUUCUUUCACAACACAGGAAUUGUAUUCCAACAGUGCUAAUGGUGAUGUUUCAACUUCUGCAGAAGUUUCCGCAUUUCAGACACCCACCUCAACCCCUUCUGUGUUAGAGGGAGUAACAUCGAAAGCGACAACCGAUGUUUCAAGUACUACAAAAGGAGCUGCUGUCGUGACCACAAAGUUUACUUCUGCUUUUGGUAUCACAGUGACAGAACGUAAAUCAGACAACACAUCACCCUCACAUUCUGCACCUUUAUCAAGCGCAUUUAUAUCCAGUAACAGUGCUGAUUCUACACUUAAGACAACCAAAGAGGUACUGCCAACAACUCAAACACCAGUCACAACAAACAUGUCUUACACCCAGACACCUGCACACACUGUCACAACUCUUACCCCAGUCACAACUGAAAUAUUCCCAAAUACUACACCACUAUCCAGGAAAACAGAAGCAGCGGUCACAACUGCUCAGAUUGCAACAUCUUCAACAGCCCUUUCACCUACAAUAACAGCAGCUCUGACAUCCAUCACUACAACAUCAACAAACAAAAUUACUUCUUCAGGAGCGCAGAACCUGACCACUCUCAUUACACCUUUGGCUUCUACUGCCUCUAUAACAGCUCCUGUUCUAGAAUGUCAUAUUUCAGAAGCAAUUUGGGUCAAAACAGUUCUUAGUCUGAAUAUAAGAAGACUUCGAGUGAGUGUUGCAUUAACCCAGAAUAUAGGAAAAGGACUCUCACUGGCUUUGCAGAAUGCAUUCAAUAAUAGCGACAUCCAUGCUGAGGUUAUAUCUGUGAAUGGAUCCAGCAAUCUCAAUGUUACAUUCUAUGCUUCAAAUGGAACAUUGGUUUACACACCUUCAGCUGUCAUAGAUGCUUUCACUGCCUACGGUGAUGAUAGAGUCACUGGGGAUAUAAAACAGUGUGUUCCAGAAGUACAGUCUGUCCCAGUUUUAGCUACCCCAUGGAUUCCUUUUCCUGCCCUUUGGUUCCAGAUAAAAACAGUGCUUCAGUUUGUUGGCUCAUCCGAUAAUAUACAAUCAUGUCGCUUUGUCCAGACGAUGGAGCAGCGGUUGCAGAAUGCAUUACGAUUUGCUGAAAAGAAUACGGAAAGCAAUCUAACAGUUCAAAUUUUGAAUGCGUAUCGAAUGGCAGACCAACAAGCUGUGACCUUGGUGUAUUUUGUAAAGAAUCAAAGUGCUCUCGUAAAUGGUACCAUGUCAAGCAAUCUCCUUAACAAACUUUCAGCAGAGCUAGUGGGUUUCUACCUUUCCUACCCCCCACUUAUCAUCGCGGAACCUCUGGAAUACCCAAAUUUUGACACUUCCUUAGCAACUGAAGAUUACUGGGUGAUAACAGUUAUUCUGGGUGUUACAAGCAGUUCCUUGGGAAAUGGUAAUCAGACAUUUGCAAGACUGAUGGAGCAACGGCUUGCAGAUCUGUUCACAAGUACGGAGGUUCAGGGAAGGAGAUUCCGACGUGCUACUUCAGUGGGCAUGUAUACUGUUCAGAUGGUUCGCAUGCAGCGUAUUCAAGGCUCCAGAGAUCCUGCUGAGUUAACCUACUAUGCAUUGUACAAUGGAGAACCACUGCUGGGUACCGCAGCUGCAAAACAGCUGAGCACGAUUGAUCCACAGAGGAUGGCCUUAACCCUGGGUUAUGUUGUACUGAUACAAGCAGACCCUGUUGUGAAAAACCCACCAAACAAGUUAUGGAUCAUUGCAGCUGUGUUGGCACCUAUUGCGGUGGUAACGGUCAUUAUCAUUAUUAUUACUGCAGUGCUUUGCCGAAAAAACAAGAGCGACUUCAAGCCAGACACAAUGGCGAACUUACAUCAGAGGACAAAGCCAGUUCAAGGAUUUGACUAUGCCAAACAACAUCUGGGCCAACAGGGAACCGAUGAAGAUGCCAUCCCUGUCACUCAGGAAACUGUAGUCUUGCCUCUUCCUGUCAGGGAUGCUCCUUUGCCUCAGGACAGUGAAAUCCCUUAUGAUGGAAGUACUACAAAGACAACAAAAUCUUCUGAAGCACGAAAAAGCAGGUUGCCUAGUGAGAAUGGCUCUGUACUCAGCAGUGAAUCAGGCAAGCCACAUUCUGGGAGAAGCUCUCUGCAUAAAGUAAUGGCACCGCAGAAGAUGACAAAAGAGGAGGCAAGGAAGAAAAAUGGUUUUAGAACUAAAAAGAAAAUUGUGCCUAUAAGUGAUGAAGAGGAAGGAGCAAUUCUCUUUGAGCAUACAUCGAAGAACUCUGCAGAUCCAUUUGAUUCCUCUUCAGGAUCCGUUCAGUUGAUAGCUAUACGACCAAUGGGAGCCCCUCUCAGUUAUUCACAUCCUGUGUCAGAAAGGAGCCAGGACUCAGCCAUUGUGAAUGGAGAGGUAAAUAAAGCACUUAAACAGAAAUCAGACAUAGAGCAUUAUCGGAACAAGUUACGUCUUAAAGCAAAGAGAAAAGGAUAUUAUGACUUCCCUCCUCCUGAGAGCAGCAACACUGCCCUUACAGAGAAGCAGAAAAAAAUAUAUGAAAAGGCACAGAAAGACAUCAACAAGGUUCUGGCUCCAGAAUCUUCUACAUAUUCAGACCCCAAAAAUCGACAAACACAGACAAAGAACUCGAUAUACAGGAGCAGACAGUCAUUGAACAGCCCCAGCCCUGGAGAAACUGAAAUGGACCUCUUGGUUUCCCGAGAAAGGCCAAGAAGAGGGAUUCGUAAUAGUGGAUAUGAUACAGAGCCUGAACUUAUAGAAGAGACAAAUGUUGACAGAGUAGUUGAACCUAGAAGUCGUCUUCGAUCUCGACAGGUCAAAGGGCACUCCGAAACAUCAACUCUAAGUUCACAGCCAUCCAUCGAUGAAGUCAGACAACAGAUGCAUUUGUUGUUGGAAGAGGCAUUUAGUCUGGCCUCUGCUGGCCAAGUAGCACCUAGUAGACAACAGGGGACAUACAACACUGUGCAGCAGAUACCCUAUUCUGAAGUAGUGACCAGCGCCCCAGGCACCAUGACCCGGCCUAGAGCUGGCAUGCAGUGGGUACCUACGUAUGGGCCUGAAGUAUAUCAAUACAGCUUGCCAAGACCUUCAUAUAGAUUCUCACAACUUCCUGAGAUGGCUAUGGGAUCUCCGCCUCCACCUGUUCCUCCCAGAACUGGACCAGUCGCUGUUACUUCACUGAAGCGUUGUCACAGCACCUUCCAUGAUACAGUAGAUGGUCGUUGUGAUUCGGCUUGUUCCCUCAGUCCUGCUGACACCAUCCUGGUCACAACUCACUUGGGGCUCCUCCCUGCAAAUCCCAUCAUGGCUUCCUGCUCGCACGGCACACAGCCAGACUUUUGCUCUCACAGCACAAGGUCUCAUGGACACAGGACUCCCCUUAUGCUUUCCAGGUACACCAUGCACCUGCUGUGUUUUUAA